AUGUACGAAAGAAUGGCGUCGUUUAUUUUUAAAAAGGAAUUUGUUGCAAGUGAAGGAGAUGAUGAUCCAGAAGUUGAAUUUUUAAAAUCACUAUCAACCAAACAGAAACAGAAACUUUUAAGGAAAUUGGAUCGUCUGGAGAAGAAAAAGAAAAAGAAAGACAGAAAGAAGAAAAAGCAGCAAAAGAAAAAAGGCAAGAGUAAACACAAGAAACAUAAGAUGAGCUCCUCUUCCUCAUCCUCCAGUGAGACUUCAGGAAGCAGCAGCGACAGUGAGACUGACAGCAGAGAUAAAGCAGCACAAAAGAAGAUGUAUUCUAAGAAAAGAAAAAACAAGUUUUCAGAGGCUAGCAGCAGCGAUUCAGAAGGAAAGGCAAAGACUAGGAAGGAAAAACUUUAUGAAGAUCUCUCCAGUAGUCACGGUAACAAGGACAAAGAUAGGGAGAAGUAUAGACUUUUAAAGCAAGAUAGUUCUGCGGAGAACAGCAAAUGGAGCUCCUGUGAGGGGGAAAGAAGGUCCAAAAACAGAUACCAGAGAGAGACUGAAAGAAAGGAGAGGGAUAGCAGAAGCCAGAGCACAGAUGAGAGGAGAGGGAGAAGCCCUUACAGCAGUCACAGGCAAAGGCAAACAAGAAAAAGCCCAAGUCAAAGCCCUGGUGAAGAGCGUCACAGGAAAAAUGAAACCAGGAGCCCCAGCACAGAUGGGCACAGAAAGGAGAAAAAACACAGAGAGAGAAAUGGCAACAAGUGCAGUAAAGUAGAAUACAGAGAAAGGAGCAGAAGGAGUAGAAGCAGAAGCCGAGAGAGGAAAAAAAAGAGAUAGUGUAGGGGACCGGUGCAAACAAAAAUGUCUCCUCCUUGAUGUGAUACCUUUAAUAAGGGCUCAGUUACACACUGCUCUUUGUUUUCCAACCUUUGUAAUUAGCAUUUCCUAAAUAAAGCCAACAGCAUCAUUUCUAUGAUGUUGUUAUAUCUGUAAAUUAGCACAAAUGUUACGGUAUUUUUCUUACUGUAUAAAUAUUCUUGCUAGCAAAUAUGUGUACAUGCAGUAAUUCCUAAACCUGAGUUUUAAAGUAUUUCAGAGCAGUGUUUGAUAUCCUUGAUUUUUGUCGGCGGUGAUUUUUGUUUUGAUGCAACUGUGAGGGGAAGCAGAAAGUAAUAGGGAAGAAUCCUGGGGUAUGUUAAAUGGUAACAAAUGUUUGAGAUAGCUGUGGGUAAAAUCCCUGCUUCCGACAUCGAAACAUUGUGUUGUAGAGGGCUUGUUGUUGUUGUUGUUGUGUUAUACUGCACCAUUUUUCCUAAAGUUCCCCGUAAGAGAUCAAUUUCAGGAGUUAAAACAACAGAGAGACAUAGUUCUCGUAAGUGUGUAGCUCACAUUUUUUGACCUCCUGCAGUGUACAGCUUGGUCAGGGCUAUCUAAACAUCUUGAACCCCUGUUGGUGUGUGUCAGUACAAUGUCAAGUUAUUGUUCAAUAAGCUCUCAAGACAUGAAAAGAGUAUUUACUGCCUCAACUGCUCCGGGCGUUUCAUUGUUUGUAGUAGGAAGUUAAUGUAAAUAUCCAUCCUUUAGUUUUUAUGGAACAGACUUCUUUUUUUGGUGACUGUUGUUCUUCACAUGCUGUUAAGAACUUCAAUAAUAAAAUACCUUAUUAUUUAAAAGCAGUGAG